AUGUUUCUUCAGAAUCUACCGAUUGAUAUUCGAGAACAAGCUGCUGUGGAACGACGUCGUCGUCAAGAGAAGGAACGUUUAUCACGCAUUUUUAAUGUGAAAUAUCGAACUAUCGGUGUUGAUAGAGUAGCACUGGAUGAACAGAUUCACGAGCGAGAACGUUUGAAGCUAUUCGAACGGCAACGAAAUGAUGCAUUUGAUUGUGAAAUGAUACGAAAUGAUUUCAAAUUGAUCUCUCUCGAACAAGAUGAACUUUCUCAACAACGUCAAUAUGCACAAGAAUUAAACGAUUAUCGUCGUAUGCAUCAACGGCCGGAAGAUGCUAGGGAAUGGGAUCUGAACGAUCCGAACCAAUGGAAGUAUUCAACACCAACGCGUGUUAAGGAUGACGAUGCUCGAUUAGGUCCAUCGUCAGCUCAAAUAUUUACUGGAGAAGAUCUUCAACAGUCAGCACGAAAGAAAGCUCAACAAGAACAAUUAAAGAAUGAUUUUGAUGUACAAAUAAUGGCUAAAAUACGAAAAGUCGAACGGGAACGUCUAGCAAAUCAUUUAUAUGAUUGUAAACAGAUAGAAUUAUCUGAACGUGGUAAUAUGUUUGAACAGAUCGAAAAUGAAUGUCAUCGAGCAAUGCAAUUAGCUACACGAAAUUAUAAUGAGAUACUCGCAAACGAAACAAAAAUCCGACACAAUGAACAGAAAUGCCAACAAACAGAAGAGCAAUUAGCUGAGUUGGGUACUACAGUGUUUAGUGAUAUGUUAACUGAGAAUAUCAAAGAUGUACUUGAUGCUCGUGGUCGUAUCAUUGUUGACCGAUGGAAAGGAAUGACCAAAGAUCAAUUAGAUGACAUUCGCCACCAACAAUUAACACAAAUUGCAGAACGUCGAAAACUUGAUCAUACGCAGAAGAAUUUCGAUGAAAUUUGGGGGAAAUAUGCAAAUGCAAUUGCUAAACAAGAGAUAAUUACUGAACAAAAAGUGAAAGAUGACCAUCGCCAAUCCCGUCGACAUCUGGAUGAUGAGAAUCAACAUCUUUCGACAAAACAGCGUGCAUAUCAAGACUAUUUGAAUACGAAUUUGUACCGUUCAGUACCGACUGCCGCCUUUUACACACAAUUCAAUACAUCUAGUCGUUGA